AGUUGUUUAUUACAUACAUAGUUAAAACACUUUCCGUCACUCAGAGAAGUUACAAGGGGAGAUUCAGAGCCGUUGAACGUUUUCAACUAGAGCUAAUUUGUGCAGAUACUGGAAGAGAUUCGGGAAUUAAAAGUUGGAACCAAGAGUCACAGACGUGAACAGCAACUCCUGAGGAGAGAUGGGAGCCAGCGCGGGUGACAAGUCAGGGGCGGCCCCACCUGACGGAGGCUGGGGCUGGAUUGUGCUGCUGAGCUGUUUCAUGGUCGUCGGCUUUUCUUACGCCUUCCCCAAAGCGGUCAGCGUCUACUUCAAGGAGCUGAUGCGGGACUUUGGGGUUGGCUACAGCGACACCGCCUGGAUCUCGUCCAUCAUGCUGGCAAUGAUCUACGGCUCAGGCCCCUUGUCCAGCAUCAUGGUGAAUAAAUUUGGAUGUCGGCUUGUGAUGCUGAUCGGGGGCUUACUGGCAUCCGGUGGCAUGAUAGCAGCUUCCUUCGCCACCAAUAUUAUUCAACUUUACGUCACUGCUGGUGUUCUCACAGGCAUGGGCCUAGCCUUGAAUUUCCAGCCCUCUCUCAUCAUGCUUGGACGCUACUUUGAUCGACGGCGCCCUCUGGCUAACGGCCUGGCAGCGGCAGGGAGCCCGGUCUUCCUGUCCAUCCUUUCCCCACUGGGACAGUUGCUGCUGGAUCACUAUGGAUGGAGGGGGGGGUUUCUCAUAACGGGGGGGCUGCUGCUGAACUGCUGUACCUGUGGGGCUGUCAUGAGGCCCCUGGGAGCCAGGCCAAAGGGAGAUCAGGGGGCUGGAGGAGAGCCCAACACCCAAGGGAAGUCAAGGGAAAUGCUACCUCAGGAGCAGCCCAAGAAAAAGCUAUUGGAUUUCAGCGUCCUUCGUAGCAAGGGGCUUGUGAUCUACAUUAUCGCCAAGUUUGUUGUGGUCUUGGGCCUGUUUGUUCCCACCAUCCUGCUGGUCAACUACGCCAAGGACCAGGGGGUGCCGGACCACGAGGCCGCCUUCCUGCUCUCCAUCAUCGGCUUCAUCGACGUCUUCGCCCGGCCCACCUGCGGCCUGGUGGCGGGGCUGCAGUGGAUGCGGCCCAAGAACGCCUACUUCUUCAGCCUGGCUCUGGUGUUCAACGGGCUGACGAACCUGGGUGCGGCGCGGUGCACAGACUACACUGGGCUGGUGAUCUUCUGCGUGUUCUUUGGGCUGUCCUACGGCAUGGUGGGCUCCCUGCAGUUUGAGGUGCUGAUGUGCAUCGUUGGCUCAGAGAGCUUCCCCAGUGCGCUGGGCCUGGUGCUGCUCAUUGAGGCUGUGGCAGUGCUCAUCGGACCCCCCUCUGCUGGUCGCAUAGUAGAUGCAUACAAGGAUUAUGAACUCAUUUUCUACAUGGUCAGUGCAGAGUUGAUUGCUGCAGGUGUUUUCCUGUCUGUGGCAUCUUACUGCUGUCUUGGACGGAGCAAACCUGAGAACACGGCCACUGCCAAAGAGAACGACGUUGAGGCAGACCCACCACUGACCAGUGGCAAUCCACAGCCACUCUGUCCCAUGGAAGGAGGAGGGAAUGAGAAUGAGAAGGACAGUGUUGAAUGAGAAGGAAAGUGAGGAAAGAGAGAACUUGGGAUUCAUAUUUUGUUUUACACAUACAAGCACGCACACACCCACCCACACACCACCAUAUCAUAUUUAAAAAAAUUUUGCCAUUAUUUUAAAUGUUGUCAUUAUUGCUAUAGCAGUUUUCAGUAUUUCAUUGUACGUGUGUAGGUGUGUAUAUAUACAGUGCAGUCCGUAGGUAUUUGGAGAGAGGUACAAUUUCUGUUCUUUUGGCUCUGUACUCCAGCACAUUGGAUUUAAACAAUGAAUGUGAUGUUAAUGUGCAGACUGUCGCCAUUAAUUUGUAGGUAUUUACAUCCAUAUCGGGUGAUCCGUGUAUGAAUUACAACUAUUUUUGUACAUAGUUUCCCCAUUUUAUGGGACCACAAGUAAACGGACAGUUGGCUCUGUUUCUGAUUAGUCAGGUCCAUUCAAUCGUUUCUUUAUUGCAGGUAUAAGAAAUCUUAGAGUAUCUGGUCUUGAUUCUAGGCUUUUAAUUGCCAUUGGACUCGCUUAUUGGUGUUUAUCAACAUGAGGACCAGAUUUGUACCGAUGUACAAAUGACCAAAGUCAAGGAAGCCAUUAAGAGGCUGAGAAAUUAGAGAAAGAAAACAGUCGAGUGACAUAUGCCGAACAAUAAGCUGACGGAAACAAACUGUUUGGAACAUCAUUAAGAAGAGAGCACUGCUGUCUGUUUGGGAUCAAUGCCUGCCUGUGGGAUGAAGCACCGUCCAAUGAGUUUGGAGGUAUUUAAUUGAACUUGAGCAGAUAAGAUGCUUCAGUACACUUCCAAAUUAAUUCUGCUGCUGUCAGCAGUGUAUGUAAUGUAAGGCUCAAUGUAUGUAAGUGAGCCACUACCUAUGGCAGCCAUACAUCCCAAAAUAAUAACACCCCCACCACCAUGUUUCACAGGGGGCGGGGGUGCUUUGGAACUUUGGCAGUUCCUUAUAGGCUCAACACUUUUAUCUUGCCAUUACGCUGAUUCAAGUCAUUAUCUGUACGUGAGACCUUUUUUCCAGAACUCUGCAGGCUAGAAUCAAGACCAGUUACUAAAAGCGUUCUUAUGCACUAAGCAAGUGAUUGAAUAUACCUGACAAAAGGUGACAGUCUGCACUCAUACACAUUGUUUCAAUUCAAAUUGCACUACACAUAACUAUCCAGAUUACUUGAAUACAUUCCGUUUGGACCAGAGUGGAUUCUGUCCUAGGAAUUCUUUUGUGUCUCAUAACAGAAGACUGCUCUGGAGACAUGUAAAAAAAAAAAAAAGGAAAAAAAAAACUUUUUUUAUUUGGAAAUAAUAUGCAAUGAAGUUGCAAAUGUGUAAUAGUAGCACGGAAUAUGUGCAGACAGACAUAAGUGUUUUGUAGAAUUAGAACAAAGGAAACUGAGGCAUGGAGUGCUACUUGUUCUUGAUUUUAAAGAUGUUCUUGAUUUGGUGCCGUACAUGGCAGCCAAUCGCUGUUGAUGUGUGAGUGUCUGUGAAUGAGAAGCAUCAAUUGUACAGCGCUUUGAAUAAGGGCGUUAUAUUAAAUUUAUCAUUUG